ACCAUCACUUCUUCUAGGAAUCAAUGCAACCAGAAGGUGGUGGCUUACCUGAGGGAGGUGUGCUGCAGCAGAUUGAAAAGGAUUUUGGCUCGUUUACUAAUUUUAGGGAAGAGUUUAUCCGCUCAGCCUUACAACUGUUAGGGUCUGGUUGGGUUUGGCUUGUCUUGAAGAGAAAUGAAAGAAAGCUUUCGGUUGUUCAUACACGAAAUGCUAUCUCCCCACUUGCUUUUGGUGACAUUCCAAUCAUCAGCCUAGACUUGUGGGAGCACGCUUACUACUUAUACUACAAGUUGUGUGCUCCAGUUCUCCUUUUUGGUCCUUAA